UUGAGGAAAAACAUGCAUCUCAAAAACUACAAAAGCUCUGGACAUGCUUUACAGGUAGAACAGUUGUAGCACUUGUAAUAGUGGAAAUCAUGUCAGCUCACAUUGAAUCUGCUUCUACCUUACCAGAAAAGUGAAGACAUUUUCAAUUUCAUUGCGGCAUUUACAUUAUUCAUAGUGAUGGAGUCUGCAGCUACGGUUCUGAAGGGAAAGGCCUGUCAUUUGCUGAUGAAAUGGAUUUGGCAGUUGAUGCUUCGGGUAGUAGAAAAGCAUUGCUAGGUCGGGAUAUCAAGCCUUUUACUGAUUCUGAAGCUGUUGAGAGCAUGGAAUUCAUGGAUUUUGGUUUUUCACAUAUGAACAAGAAACCCUUUUAUGGUAACACCAGUUUGGGUUUUGGUGCUGAAUCUGCUAAAAAGCUAGUUUCUCCUACUUGUAUGUUCACCUCUAGUUCAUAUUAUGGUGAAGAGGAAUCUGGUUCCAAGCAGUCUAGUUCUUUGAUGGAGUUCAACAGUCAAGGAUCUUCACUCAUUGAUUUGAAGCUAGGGAGAUUGACUGAUUAUAGAGAUGCACAACAUGGCAGACAUUUAAAGGAAACUUUUGUUGUUUCUUCAGUUUGUUCGGCUAUGACUGCCAAGAAAGCUCGAACAACAAGCUCUCCUUGCUGUCAAGUUCAUGGUUGUAACAAGGAUAUUAGAUCCUCAAAAGAUUAUCACAAGAGGCAUAAAGUUGCUGUCAAUGGAAUUGAACAGAGAUUCUGUCAGCAAUGUAGCAGCUUGAUCUUUUUUUCUUCAUUUACCCUCUUUUUCCCUUCAAUUUGGUCUGAGCUGGUUAUAGUUUAAGAUCAUAUUGUGAUUAUAUUUGGAACGAGCUGAUGUACUAGCCUUGUUUUGAGAAUUCUUAGACCUUCCUCAAACAGGCCAGAAUACAGAACACCAUGUUUUUUAUUCUGAAGAAAUGACAGUAUGCAAUUUAAAUCCUUGACAUAAAGUUUUGCUAAGUUUAUUGUUAGUUCAGUUUGUUCUAUUUAAGCUUUGCAAUAAAAAUGAUUUUAGUUCA